UCCGCCAAGCCUCCAGGCCCCUUGACCCCCGCAGUCGGGGGACCCUUGCGAAUCACAUCCGGAAGGGGGGGGCGCGAGGGGCGGAGCACGCCCCCCGGAGGAGGAGACCGCGUCUCCCCGCCUCCCGCCCGCGGUUGCAGCCAGCCGCCGAGCCGUCCCUCUCGCGGAACCCGCAGUGUCGCCCGCGCCCCGAGCCCCUCCAGGCCAGAGGCUCCUGCAGGUGAUGGCGGACGAGGGUGCGAGGAGCCUAAAAACCGCUGCGUGCCCGCCGUCCGGCCCCGCGCAGGGAGGGGGAGCGCGCCCGGUCCCCGCGGCUGGGGCCCGUGAAGCCGGGGGACGCGGGCACCCCGACCCCGGGACGGCCCUGCCUGUCCCAGGGUGCUGGGAAGCGGCCUCUGCGGCGACUGACCGGAGCCCGGAAAACGGCUUUAUCGGGAAUGAGGACCCAGAAACCUGUGGCGCAGAGGGGUGGGGGGCUCGGGCUGGGGCCGGCGGGAAGGCCGAGGAAGUGACGACUGAGAAGGGCGCCAUCUUCAAGGAGGAGGCAGAGGGGGAGGUGGAGAAGCAGCAAGUAGGGGAGGAGAUGGAGGUGGUGGAGAAGCUGGUAGAGGAGGAGAAGCUGGAGGUGGGAGCGGAAGCGCAGGAGGGCCUGGGGCCCCUUAACCUUGAUGGCCCAGUUGUGGACCCACUGGAGGCCAUUCAGUGGGAGUUGGAGGCUGUGAGUGCCCAGGCGGAUAGGGCCUACCUGCGACUCGAGCGCAGGUUUGGGCGCAUGCGCCGUUUGCACCUAGCCCGUAGGAGCUUCAUCAUCCAGAAUAUUCCUGGCUUCUGGGUCACCGCCUUCCUGAACCACCCGCAGCUGUCAGCCAUGAUCAGCCCCCGAGAUGAAGACAUGCUCUGCUACCUGAUGAAUUUGGAGGUGAGGGAGCUCAGGCACGCCAGGACUGGCUGCAAGUUCAAGUUCCGCUUUUGGAGCAACCCCUACUUCCGGAACAAGGUGAUCGUGAAGGAGUAUGAGUGCAGAUCCUCAGGCCGGGUAGUAUCAAUCGCAACUCGCAUCCGAUGGCACCGGGGCCAGGAACCCCCUGCUCUGGUACACAGGAACCGGGACACUGUCCGCAGCUUCUUCACCUGGUUCUCACAGCACAGCCUCCCAGAGGCUGACAGGGUUGCUCAGAUUAUUAAAGAGGACUUGUGGCCCAACCCCCUGCAAUACUACCUGCUGGGGGAUAGGCCCCACAGAGCCAGGCGAGGCCUAGCCAGGUGGCCCACAGAGGUGCCCGCUAGGCCCUACGGGUGCCAGUCUGGCUAAGUCCUGCCCUGGGACCUGGCCCCUACAUAAGAGUCCCUUCUGCCUCCUGUGGACCUGUGCUUAGGCCAGUGAUGGCACUCUGCUAUCUGCUUUCUCUUCUGUGCACUCUGGCCACUCUGGACAUUCAAUGGACUCAGCUCCAAGAUUGUGGCCUUCGUGGCCAAGCUCUUCUGUUUCCAUGUGGCCUUCAUGCAUCACGUGACUGUCACUUGCCAGUGUCUACUCAAGCACCCAAUGCUAUGGACAUGUACUGCCAUUGUCUUCAUGUCCAGGACCUAUCUUUGAUUAUGGCCUUUCUGCUAUUUUUGACAUGGGUACCCACAAGUCAUUGCUAGAAGGACCAGUGCCUCUUCGAGGCCCACUGCUUCGAGGCCACAACAUGCUGGGCUUCAUAUUUAUGCUGGCCCUGCACACUGGCUGUGGCGAGCCGAGUCUCAUCACCCCAGAUGAAAUGGGUGCAUUUGGUGCUGGCUGUCAACCUGACUUGGACAUUCCAGGGCCUUGGACAUUCACAGGCCACGCCACCCCAGGCUACUGGAUUGUUGGGCACCUAGCAGAAUGGGCAUGCAGCCAGCAGAAGGCUUCUGGGCAUGGGUGAGGUCAAGGACACAGAGAAGUGGGCAAUGCAUUCUUUGUGACCACUCUGCUCCUCUUACGGCU